UUUACAUAAUUUUAGCUUACAUGAUUAAGUAAAUUUUUUCCAGGUUAUAUUGCCUAACUUGGAGCUUUUAGCACUUAAUCAACUAACAUCAUUGGACAUGAAAAGUCUACCAAAAAUUAGUGCAUUUAACAAGGAUGUUUCGUAAAGAAAUUUGUAUCUUUAAGAAUUUGAUAGAACUUCAAGUUGCAAAAUGUGACAACUUAAGGUACUUAUUCUCACCUUCAAUUGCCAAUAAACUUGUGGCUAUAAAUUUUCUUUGGGUUUGGAGAUAUGAAGUAAUUGAAGAGAUUAUUGGAAGACAAGAAGAAGACACUUCAAACAUUGAAAUUGCAGAAGAAGGAAUGACAAGCAUAAUUGUGUUUCCUAAAUUGAGCGAUCUAAGAUUUUAUCAUCUUGAUAGAUUCAGAAUGAUUUUCUCUCAGAACAAUGAACUUGUGUUCCCUUCAUUAGAGCAUUUGCUAAUUAUAAAUUGUCCCGCGAUGACAAAAUUGAGUUCAGGACAACAACUAAGUGCACCAAAGCUUCAUAAAGUACAGAUAGAAGGAGAAAGAUAUAUCGACAUUUCAAAUUUCUUGGAUUCCGAAGGCUCAAUACAGAUAAGAGAGGACAAUAAAUUUGUUUAUACUUCCAAUAUUGUUGAGGAUGCAGGCUUAUGCUUUGGAGGUUGAGAUAUCAGUGUGCCCUUUGGUGCUGCGCUAUCUGUUGGUGCCAAAAAACUUAUAUAGCUUCCACGUGGCCGAUGAUCUUGCAUUGGAUGACUUUUGUAUCUCAAAGCAUGGACAAACUAAGAGCACGUAAAAAGAACAUGGAUUGGUUAAUAAAUAUGAAGAACUAAUAGGUCCAGUUGCUAAUUAGAGAUUAGCAUGUGGCAAACACAAAAGACUUGCUUAUCCUUGACGCCCCAUUAGAAAUCUACAAAUAGGUAUAGUUGUGAAUAAAGAAGGUAUGCAAAAAUUUACUGGCUUCCUCCCAAAUAACUUUUUGUCUUCCUACUUUUAUUCGAGCAUGAGAUCCGAGAGUUUAGGAGGAGAUGUUAAGGAUUUUUUAAUCGAUCAUGUUGGCUUUUAUGUGAA